AUGGGCGCAACGCUGACCCUGACGAAACAGCACGGCGCUUUUCUGAUCGCCUUCCUUGCCAUUUACGUGGCAGCUACAGGAAAGAGUGCCUGGCGCAUCGCUUGCUUCGCCAUCCACCGGAUGCUCUCGUCCAUCGAACCCCAAGACGCCCUCUAUCACCAGCGGCAGGCCAUCCUUCGGAACGUCUGCAAUGCCCAAGAUGCCGCGUGGAUGCUGGGGAAUUCUCUCCUGAUGUGGCGUAACCGCGCCAGCCGACCUGCCCGAAGACUGAUUCCCAUCAUUCUCCUCGCCAUCUUCAUCUCUGCCGCCUUUGGCAUUGCGGGCAUCUUCUCUUCCCAGGUCACGGCGGAUACCAUCAACGAAGUUCUCCUCAAAGGAGACAACUGCGGCCCGCUUACGAGCAACGAUGUAGAGGACCCGGACGGAUACGACCUACUCUUCGAGCCAUACCAAAGCCAGCGCGUCAUAUCAUAUGCUAAUUACGCCUUACGCUGUUACACGAAUACCUCCACAUCAGACGACUGCAACCUAUACGUCACUCCGAAGCUGCCAACGACCGUUGAGCGCGAUGCCGGUUGUCCCUUUGACGAUAGCAUAUGUAAAUCCCGGACGGGCAAUCUCGUUGUCGACACUGGAUACAUUGAUAGUGACACGCACUUGGGUAUGAAUCUUCGACCCGAAGAGAGAUUUUCCGUGCGUCUCUACCAUCAUUGCGCGCCGUUGGUGACCGAAGGGUUUACCGAGAUCGCAAACGACUCUUCAUCCGAGCCUGUCAUGCGAUAUUACUACGGAGAGAUUGGUGGCAAGGCGGGUAAUUUCUCGUAUCAAAUGCCCAUCAACAACUCGAUCGUCAAAGUAUCAGGGUCUAACACCAGGGCCACCGCAAAACUGGACUACAACAUUGGUCUCCUGAAAUUCUACGGCGGUGAUCCUGAGAUGUCGGCAAUGUACUCCAUGUUUCAGCCAAUCCCGCAGUUGACGCGGACGGACGCGGACGUCAUGCUCUUCUUUCUCUCAGGCCCCGGCGUGCUUUACAACGGCCCCGUGGAAGAUCCGUGGUACUCGGCUCACGUCAAAGGCCCGGAAAUGAUAAACUUCGUGUCCAACCAGACCCGAACCAUGUUCUACCGCGACGAGCUUGUGACCGUGCUGGGAUGUUCGAUGCAAACCCAGAUUUGCAAUCCCAACGCUGCCGGCGACAGGCAGUGCACUCCUCUGCGAGGGAUGGCCGACGACACGUUUGACCGGUACGCUCCGUGGGAUACCGAAAGACAAAAGAAGAUGAUAAAGCGCGCCGACUCCAUAUUGGGACUUGGUCUGUUUACCAUCUCCGGAAUUGUGGACCGUCUAGGAGCUGAUUCAUUGACGUCUCGACACGGGCUGUCGAACAACAUCCAGGGCCCGUUGCCUGGUAACCAAUGGCAGCGGGAGGUUGAGCACUGGGUCACUUCGUCCUUGACUUCCAUUCAGGGUUCGUUCGUGGAAGCCGCGAACGGACCUCCUCCCCAAAUGCAGUCAUUCAGGAAGGCUCCGAAUGGGACUGAGGAGGUGGAGCUCUGUCACAGCCAGAAAAUAAUUAGCACUCGAUACCUAUCCUUUUCUAUACUAGGUGUCGGUGUAAUCCUAAUCCUUGGCGGAAUCACCAUGAUACUCGACUUCUCCAUCGAGUCUCUGGCCAGCAGAAUUGAGCGACUUCGCCAGACAAAUGGCCCGGACCCCGAACGCGCCUAUGCGCGCCUAGAGUGGUCUGCCAAUACAGUCUUGCAGCUCCAGAGGAUGGCGCAUGAGCAAGUCGGUCUUGGGACUUGGUCCAACACGGCGGGUGUCAAUCCAGUAACGCUUUCAAAUGAAAAGCUCGCGAUCCUGGACAUUACCGAUGAAGCCCAUCCGCAGCUGAGACCUCCAGAUGACUCUAACGCUCGACCGCCCCUGAAGACAGUUUCUAGCAUGGGAUCGUCGAUAUCAACAGACACAGUGGAAGAAGAGAAAAGGGCGAAAUUGACUCCUGACAAAUGA